GUACCUGUAUAAAAACAUGAUGACUCUCGGAUAUCUACAACAAUGGUCCAUCAUCUGCGUCGAUUGCGAUUGCGGCUGCGUGGACUCGUACAACGGCGGCAGCGUUGAGUUGCGGCACGGCCAGGUACAGGCAGCGGCAGCAGCAGCAGCGGCAGCCUCCGCUCAGAGCUUUGUGAUCAGCAGCAGCAGCAGCGGCAGCCACAACAGCAACAGCAUCAGCCUCAGCCUCAAGACGGCGCACGCAAAGGUUGCCACAUCGGGGGGGCAUGCCAAUACGCAGCCCCCCAGCAAACGUUCCAGCAGCGGCGCCGACGGCGACUAUCAGCUGGUGCAGCACGAGGUGCUCUAUUCGCUCUCUGCCGAAUAUGAGGUCCUGGAGUUUUUGGGCCGCGGCACCUUUGGUCAGGUGGUCAAGUGCUGGAAACGCGGCACCUCCGAAAUUGUUGCCAUUAAGAUUUUGAAAAAUCAUCCCUCCUAUGCGCGCCAGGGUCAGAUUGAGGUCUCGAUACUCUCGCGGCUCAGUCAGGAGAAUGCGGAUGAGUUUAAUUUUGUGCGCGCCUUCGAGUGCUUUCAGCACAAGAAUCACACCUGCCUGGUCUUUGAGAUGCUCGAGCAGAAUCUCUAUGAUUUUCUCAAGCAAAACAAAUUCUCACCGCUGCCGCUCAAGUACAUACGUCCCAUACUGGAGCAGGUGCUGACUGCCCUGUUGAAGCUGAAGCAACUGGGCCUGAUUCACGCCGAUCUGAAGCCGGAGAACAUAAUGCUUGUGGAUCCGGUGCGUCAGCCGUAUCGCGUUAAGGUCAUCGAUUUUGGCAGCGCCUCGCAUGUGAGCAAAACCGUUUGCAAUACGUAUCUGCAAUCGCGCUAUUAUCGCGCGCCCGAGAUCAUAUUGGGCUUGCCGUUCUGCGAGGCCAUCGAUAUGUGGUCGCUGGGCUGUGUUGUGGCCGAGCUCUUUCUGGGCUGGCCCCUGUAUCCGGGUAGCUCGGAGUUCGAUCAGAUACGCUAUAUAUCACAGACACAGGGUCUGCCCACGGAGCAUAUGCUGAAUAGCGCCUCGAAAACAUCGAAAUUCUUUUAUCGUGACGUCGACUCGACGUAUCCAUUUUGGCGCCUCAAGACCACCGAAGAGCACGAGGCGGAGACGAACACCAAGAGCAAGGAGGCACGCAAAUAUAUCUUCAAUUGUCUGGAUGAUAUUGGCCAGGUGAAUGUGCCCACAGAUUUGGAGGGCGGCCAAUUGUUGGCCGAGAAAACGGAUCGUCGUGAAUUCAUAGAUCUACUGAAGCGCAUGCUGACCAUAGAUCAGGAGCGCCGUCUGACCCCAACCGAGGCACUGAAUCACAGCUUCACGAGGCUCACCCACCUGGUCGACUAUGUCUAUUGCAACAAUGUGAAGGCCUCUGUCCAAAUGAUGGAGGUCUGUCGUCGCGGCGAUUUCCAUACCGUACAACCAGCUCCCACGCUGGUCACCAAUUUCGUGCCCAGCAGCACCGAGAACAUGACCUUUACCAUCAACAAUCAGCUGACCAGUCAGGUGCAGCGCCUCGUGCGCGAUGGUCGUCCUUUGGCCUACGAGGGUCUCUAUCAAAUCUACGGCGGACGCAAUGUGGCACGUCAGUAUCCGCAGGCGCGCACCGACACGUUCCAGCAUCAGCUGGUCUCCAACAUACUCUGUCCGCCCUCGUAUCAGGCCAUGCCCAGUCCCACCAAGCAUGUGGUGGCCACAAUGCAGCCGCCGUUGCAGGUGCCGCCCCAGCAAUAUGUCAAUGUGCCGGUGCCCGUGUCCAUGGUGGAGCCCAGCUCGGGUCAGCGUAUGCUGCUCACCAAUCGGGUCCAGGCAAGUGGCGUUGCCUGGCCGCAAACCGGGCGCCAGAUGGCAUUGGUGCCAUCCUGGCCGCAACAGGCGCCGGCACAUUCGCUAAUCGUUGACUCGACGCCGCUGUUCAAUGUGGAGGAGAUCUAUCCCAAGCAUCAUCUCAACUUGCCGCGCAACGAUCUCAAGAAGGAGUCGCCGGCUCACCAUCUAGCCAAGGGCAACUCUUAUCGCGUGCCGCGUCACGAGAAGAAGGAACACCAGCAGCUGUCGCCCGUCAAGAAGCGUGUCAAGGAGAGCUCGCCGCCGCAUCAGCAGCGCUAUCAGCGCGCCGCCCACGUCUCGCCGCAAUACCACGCCCAUCACAAUUGCAACUACGGAGGCGGCUAUGGAGCUGGCGCUGCCGGAGCCGUUGUGGCCAGUUCUGCCUCAUCGGCCAGCAAUAUUGUCAAUGCCAGUGGCAGCAGCUCGUCGAGCUCGCAUCAUCACGCGCCCGUGGCACAUGCACCACACGGCAGCAGCAGCAGCAACAGCGCCUACAACACCGCUGGCCAUCACAUUGUCAUCAACAAUUGCAGCGGUGGGGGCGGCGGUGGCAGCUCCGCUGUGGGCUAUAAUGCCAGCGGUGGCAGCAGCAGCAGCCAGCCGCCGUUGCAUGCGCAUCAGCCGCAGCACGUGAAGCAGCCGACAAUUACCAUACAUGACACGCCCUCGCCAACUGCGGUUGUGGGCGAUGUGAUCACCAUUUCGGACAGCGAGGACGAGGGCGCCGAUCUACCGCCAAACAGCGCCACAGUCGCGCCCAUCAAGCAGCGCGCGCACGCCCAGUCGCAGACCAGCAGCAGCCUAAUGCAGCAGCAGCAACAACACCAACAUCAACAGCAGCAACAUCAACAACAGCAGCAGCAGCAACAGCAGCAGCACUCGGCGAGCAAUUCGAGCAGCAAUCUGCAUUGCCGCAGCAGCGGACAGCCGUUGCAUGUGCAACAUCAGGCCGUUAAUUAUGGUGAUCACGAUCCGGAAGAUGCGCGACGACGUCAUCAUGCCGCAGCAGCCGCCGCCCUGGCCGUGCCCAGUCCCAAGCAUCAUCAUCACCAGCAGCAGCCGCAGCAGCAGCAACAGCAGCAACAUCAUCAUCACCAGCAGGUGCAGGUGCAGCCGGCACAGCAGACGCCGCACUAUCAGCCACAGCCGCCGCCGCCGCAAGCCCAAUCGCAGCUGCAACCACAGCAGCAGCAGCAGCAGCCCAGCAUCAAAUACGAGCCGGGGCAAUCGCAAAAGAAACGUAUUCUGGCCAUGGCUCAAAGCGAGUGCAACUAUCAGCCGCAGCCGCAGGUGCAGAUACAGGUGCAACAACAGCAGGCACCGCCGCCGCCCGUUGCCAGUCUGCCGCAUAUUCCAACCAAACAGGAGCCGCCCGAAUUCUAUUCGGACUACGCGCCACAGCAGCAGCAACAGCCGCCACAGCAACAGCUGCAACUGGAGGCUAAGCGCAGCUCCUGGGCAGCCGGCUCCAGCGGCGCAGCCAUGCCGCUGGCACAUCCGAAGCGCGAAGCGCCCUCCGUUGCGCCCGUCAGCUAUGUGACGCCCACUGUGGCUCCGCCGUUGGCCCACUCGAAGAGCAGCUCGAGCAGCUCCUCGUCGAUAAGCGCCGCGGCCGCCGCAGCGGCUGCAGCUGCUGCCGCUGCCGCCAGUGUGGGUCCGCCGUCGUGGGGCGCACCGCAGGUCUAUCGCCAGCCAUCGCAGCCGCCACCAACAUCGGCAGCUGCUGCCGCUGGCCAGCCGCCAGCUGGGCCAUCGCAUCAUCAUCAUGGCAGCCACAGUCAUCAUCAUCAUCACCAGGCGGGCACGCCGCUGGGCGGCUCACCCUCAUCGACGGCCGCUGCGGCCAUGCUGCAGACGGACAUUUACGCACAGGGCGACAUGUAUCGACGUCCCACGGUCUACGUAUCCCAGGCCGCGCCCACAUACGCCUAUGCGAAUCGCACGGUGGUUGCGCCACCGCCAGCACACAACAGUUCCAGUCGACAGGUCAUACCAUCCCAUCCGUUGCCGGCUCACAUACAGAUCCCGACACAGUACAGCCAAUUUGGACCAUUGAGUCCCGCCCAGGUAGCUGCCAGCAAGCAUGCAGCGCACUUUGCGCCCACCAACAUAUGGUAUGGAGCUGAGUAGCUUGCAGGGUGAACGAACGCGGGUUGACGAGGAUCCCGGAUCCCAGAGGCCACCACUGACAAGAACACAGCAACAACUACAACACAGUCUCUCCCAUCCCCCCCAAAAAAA